GUGGCCGGGCGGCGUUGCCAUUGCGACGGCGAGGAGCGGGCGAGUCCCGCGAUGGCGGAGCCGGAGAGUCUGGAGACGGCGGCCGAGCACGAGCGGAUCCUGCGCGAGGUGGACAGCACCGACACGGCCUGCCUCGGACCCACCCUCAGGUCUGUCUACGAUGGUGCAGAACAUGGACGCUUCAUGGAGAAACUGGAUGCUCGCAUCCGGAAUCAUGACCGUGAGAUUGAGAAGAUGUGCAACUUCCAUUACCAGGGCUUUGUGGAUGCAAUCACCGAAUUCUUGAAGGUCAGGGCAGAAGCCCAGAAGCUUAAGAACCAAGUGACAGACACCAAUCGGAAACUGCAGCUGGAAAGCAAGCAACUGGUGGGCGCGAUGGAGGAGCUGAAGCGGUGCCGGUUACAGCAGUGGAAUAUUUCUGCCACCGUGGAUAAACUCACACAGUGCCUUCCCGUUCUGGAGAUGGAGAGCAAGCUGAGAGAGCAGAUGAAGUCCAAAAGGCAUUAUCCUGCACUGAAGACCUUGGAACACCUUGAGCAUAUGGGUUUGCCUCACGUGAGCCAUUACCGCUUCUUCAAGGUCAUGGUGGAAAACAUUCCGAAACUGCGUGAGGAGAUCAAGGAAGUUUCCAUGUCCGAUCUCAAAGAUUUCCUGGAGAGCAUCCGUAAACAUUCCGACAAGAUUGGUGAGACCGCAAUGAAGCAGGCUCAGCAACAAAGGAACCUGGAUGGCCUUGUGGUUCAGCCUUCAAGAGCUGGUGGUAGAAAAUUCAGAAAAGAGGCUGGGGCAAAUUCAGGGCUGGAGGUCAAGAACCCCAGCCCAAUCUCCGAGCAGGAUUCUGGGAUCUUGGAUGUGGAAGAUGAGGAAGGGGAAGAAGAGGUGCCUGGUGCCCAGGAUGUGGUGGAUUUCUCGCCUGUGUACCGCUGUUUCCAUAUCUACUCUGUGUUGGGAGCCCGAGAAACCUUUGAGAACUAUUACCGGAAGCAGAGAAGAAAGCAGGCCCGGCUGGUUCUGCAGCCGCCCUCCAACAUGCAUGAAACGCUCUCCGGCUAUCGAAAGUAUUUUAAUCAGAUUGUAGGCUUUUUUGUCAUCGAGGACCACAUUCUGCAUACAAGCCAGGGCUUGGUAGACAGAGCCUACAUUGACGAGCUCUGGGACAUGGCCCUCUCCAAGACCGUUGCUGCUCUCCGGACACACUCGUCCUAUUGCUCAGACCCAGACCUGGUUUUGGAUCUGAAAAAUCUCAUUGUGCUUUUUGCUGAUACUCUCCAGGGGUAUGGCUUUCCUGUCAACCAGCUCUUCGACUUGCUAUUGGAGAUCCAGGAUCAGUACAGUGAGACUCUGUUGAAGAAAUGGGCAGCGGCCUUCAGAAAUAUUCUGGAUUUGGAUAAUUACAGUCCCAUCUCAGUAACAAAUGAGGAGCAGUAUGAGAAAAUGGUAGGACAGUUUCCAUUCCAUGAUGCAGAGCUGGAGAAGCAGCCGUUUCCCAAGAAGAUCCCCUUUUCUGAAUUGGUGCCACGGGUUUAUAACCAGAUCAAGGAAUUUAUCUAUGCCUGCCUGAAGUUCUCUGAAGAUCUCCACUUGAGUUCCACGGAAGUUGAUGACAUGAUUCGGAAAUCUACCAAUUUGCUGUUGACUCGGACCCUGAGCAACUGUUUACAGAACGUCAUUAGGAGGAAAAACGUUGGCCUGACAGAGCUGGUCCAGAUAAUUAUCAACACUACACACUUGGAGAGAUCCUGCAGGUUCCUUGAAGAAUUCAUCACCAACAUCACCAAUGUUCUUCCAGAAACUGUUCACACAACAAAGCUUUAUGGGACAGCCACCUUCAAGGAUGCCCGCCACGCUGCAGAGGAGGAGAUCUACACUAACCUGAACCAAAAGAUUGACCAGUUCUUGCAACUUGCAGAUUACGACUGGAUGGCCGCUGAAGCCAACUCUAAGGCCAGUGACUACCUGUUGGACCUCAUUGCUUUCUUGCGCAGCACCUUUGCUGUGUUCACACACCUGCCUGGCAAGGUAGCUCAGACUGCCUGUAUGUCUGCCUGCAAGCACCUGUCCACCUCCCUGAUGCAGCAGCUCUUAGAAGCCGAAGUCAGACAGCUGUCCCUGGGGGCCUUGCAGCAGUUCAGCCUGGACGUAGCUGAGUGUGAACAGUUUGCCAGAUCCGGGCCAGUGCCUGGGUUCCAAGGGGACACGCUGCUGUUGGCCUUCAUCGACUUGAGACAACUGCUUGAUUUGUUCCUCCAGUGGGACUGGUCGACAUACCUGGCGGACUACGGACAGCCUACCUGCAAGUACCUCCGGGUGAACCCAACGACUGCGCUGGCCUUGCUGGAAAAGAUGAAGGACACAAGCCGCAAGAACAACGUCUUCGCACAGUUCCGGAAGAAUGAGCGGGACAAGCAGAAGCUGAUCGAAGCCGUGGCCAGGCAGCUGCGCGCCCUGAUCAGCAGCAGCCACCACUCAUGAGGGAUGGCAAGCGGCACGGUGGCCUUG